GGCGGAGCUGUCUUCCAGAUCUGCUGUGCUCUAAGCGUGGGGUGGGGAGCAUAUGACUGUCUGUCUUGUCACCUGGUUCGGUCCGUCCACCUCUCGCCAUGCUGGGCGCGGGUGUGGUCAACCUCUCUUCACCCCCCCCCCCCCUGUAGAAUAUGGGGUAAAUGGGAGGGCUGCUGUUCUGUUGUCUAUCAGUAUUGCUAUCUACGUCAGUCCCAAGCUUUGCCUCGCUUUAUGUCCAUUUUUUAGCUGGAGAGACCGCGAUCCUUUGGCCCCACUCCUGAGGGUCGGCGGGGGGAUAGGGUGUUCUCGGAGUUGGUCUCCAGGGUCCUCAGUUGUUGAUUUGGGCAUGGCUAGGAGGCUGUCUCUCUCGGCUCUUCCAGCCCCAUGUGUUUCAGGAGGCAUUAUUGAAAGGAAGCUUUUGGGGGAAAGAAUGACUCUCCUAUCCUGCCACCAAGACACCCCCCUCCCCAACUUACCAAAUGGGUGGCAUUGGCCUGAGGGAGGAGGCCUAAGGGAAUCUGAGGAUGGCUAAAGACAGAGGUAAGGGUUGGGACAAUGGCUAUGAACAGAUGUCAGGGAACAUCUUACCCUUUCCAGACCAAUUUGGACUGGGCUAUGUUGGGUCUAGAUGACCUUCCUGGCCAACCCCUUGGCCCUGGCCCCUGUAAUUAUACAGGAACCACAGUGUUUCCCUGUGGUGGUGGGCAGAGAUGAGACUUGUCUGUCUUGGAGGCCUUGGAUGCCUCAUUCAAGCAUUGAGUUGGUGGCCAGCUAGGAUUCAUAAGGGCAGAGACAUGCUGAGGUAUAUGUCACAUACUGAGUGUGCUGCAGCAUGACCCCCAUGUUCUUUCUGAUGGGGGUAUUUUAAUGGGGGUGAUGCAGAUCACAGAAGGGUAGGGUUGGCUGACAACGUGGUCCCUGGGCGUUCCCACCAGGAGUUCUAGGCCAGGAAAUACUCCAGGGGGAUGCUGGGUUCAGGUUCACCAUGGGAUUUGGGCAGAGUUGGCCCUGUGUUCCCUAAGUUUACAGGGAUCCCUAGAGAGGAGGUCUGUAUUGGGUAAGCACAAAGAGUCUACCAAUCCAGUUAGGGAAGGCUGCCUGGAGAAUGUGGCUAUAGGCGAGGCCAGGAGAGAGUUCCAGGCAGAGGAAAUUACAUCUCAGAGGGAGAGAGGUAAGCAAUCCAGGAUGUCUGGAAUGGAGUUAGGGGAGGAGUGAAUUGUGCAGGGCUUGUGACUGGUUGGCUCAUCUAGACUUUAUCCUGUAAGCACACAAGAAGUCAUGGGUAGGCCUAAGGAGUUCUGAGUAUGAAGGGUGUGACAUCGGGAAAUGUGUGGUCCCUGAUGGGGUCCCUGAUGUGUGGCAGCCUUUUUGCUUAGAUUGAUGCUAACUAUACUCAAUUCAUUCAGUUCAGUUCUUGCUUAUCCUAGGUCACAGCAGAGGAGCCUUACGCCACAGCCAGAGUCACAGAAUCCUAAUCUGCCCAGCUUCUCAGAGAGUGAAGCUGUUGGCAUUAAUCCUGGGAAACCCCAUGGUGGGCAGUGGAGGAGCUGUUCCUGGACACACAGCAGGGACCAUCAGAGGAUCAGCCUCCAAGGGUGACCACCUUCUAUGAGUGAGACCCAAAUUGGUGGUAGAGACCAAAGAAGUGAUACAGAAGAAGACUUUGGGCUGGUGGAGGACUGUAACAAGUCAUUUCUACCCCAACCUCAGUCUCCUCAUCUGUAAAGUGAGCAUAGUAAGGAUGUUCUCUCCCAGUGUUAUUUGAGGUGAAAGUUACAUGGAUGUCUUUUGUCCUAGUUUUAGGCAAAAAGGGGCUUAGGAAGUAACCACUGCUAUUUUUAGAGGCCACACAGCCUAUCCAGGACAAAGAGCAUUCAGGCACAGCAAAUCUGGUGACUUCCUCCUUGAGCCAUUUCCUCUUUGCUGGAGACAGUGACCAAGGUCUCUGCACUGUCAUGCUGAGGACUCCCCAUUUCUGCAUCUGUGUUGUUAAGGGAGGUGAACGCAGGUGCCACAUCUGCGUCUCAUGGUUGUCCUGAGGACACUGUGAGAUGAUGCAAAGGGAGGGCAUGCCCUGUGCAGGGCUAGGUUUGUAGAACCCAAAGAAUGCCCAGGAGAGCCAAGAGCUGAUGGUUCACUCAGUGAUCAUGGAUCCUAAAUGGUGAUAUGCUUGGAAGAUGCAAGAGCAUGGCAUGUAGAACCAAGUGAGGCCUGAAAGGUCAAUGGGAACAAUAUUCUGGGAAGGGCCUUGAAUGUUGGGUGAUGAAGCCAUGGGGAUGGGUUUGAGUCUCACAAGGGCCUGAGGGCUCUGUGUGUAUAGACUGACUAGACUGGCUUGGGCAGAGAGAAGUUAUCCUUGGGCCUUGUCACACCCUCCCCUACCUGGCUGUGGCUGGACUGUUGUGUUGUUUCAGGGUAGCCAUCUCUGACACAGGGUCCAGGUGUGCUGAGAGCCUAGGGCCCUCCAGAUGAUCUGCCCUCUGGAAGAUUACUGGGCUCUCAAGAGGUUGGCAGUGCCUGGUGAUUUGGGCAACCAGCUGGAGGCAAAGCUGGACAAGCCAACGGUCGUACAUUACCUCUGCUCCAAGAGGACGGACAACUACUUCACCCUCUGGCUGAACCUCGAGCUGCUGCUACCUGUCAUCAUUGACUGCUGGAUCGACAACAUCAGGCUGGUUUACAACAGAACAUCCCGGGCCACCCAGUUUCCAGAUGGUGUAGAUGUGCGUGUUCCUGGCUUUGGGAAGACUUUCUCACUGGAGUUCCUGGACCCCAGCAGAAGCAGUGUGGGUUCCUAUUUCCAUACCAUGGUAGAGAGUCUUGUGGGCUGGGGCUACACACGGGGUGAGGAUGUCCGGGGGGCCCCCUACGACUGGCGCCGAGCCCCAAAUGAAAACGGGCCCUACUUCCUGGCUCUCCGGGAGAUGAUCGAGGAGAUGCAUCAGCUGUAUGGGGGCCCUGUGGUGCUGGUUGCCCACAGCAUGGGCAACAUGUACACACUCUACUUUCUGCAGCGGCAGCCACAGGCCUGGAAGAACAAGUAUAUCCGUGCCUUUGUGGCACUGGGUGCGCCCUGGGGGGGCGUGGCCAAGACUUUGCGUGUCCUGGCCUCAGGAGACAACAAUCGGAUCCCAGUCAUUGGGCCCCUGAAGAUUCGGGAGCAGCAGCGGUCUGCCGUCUCCACCAGCUGGCUGCUGCCCUACAACUAUACCUGGUCCCCUGAGAAGAUCUUCGUGCGUACACCCACAGCCAACUACACGCUGCGGGACUACCGCCAGUUCUUCCAGGACAUUGGCUUCAAAGAUGGAUGGCUCAUGCGGCAGGACACGGAGGGGCUGGUCGAAGCCACAGUGCCCCCUGGCGUGCCGCUGCACUGCCUCUAUGGCACUGGUGUCCCCACGCCAGACUCCUUCUACUAUGAGAGCUUCCCAGACCGUGAUCCCAAAAUCUGCUUUGGUGAUGGCGAUGGCACUGUGAACUUGCAGAGCGCCCUGCAGUGCCAGGCCUGGCGCAGCCGCCAGGAGCACCAAGUGUCACUGCAGGCGCUCCCGGGCAGCGAGCACAUCGAGAUGCUGGCCAAUGCCACUACCCUGGCCUAUCUGAAACGUGUGCUUCUUGGGCCCUGAUUCCUGUGCCAGGCAGGGCUGUGGGAUGGCGUGGCCACACCUGCUUCUCUUGGCUACCGUGGCCCGUGAGGUUAGCAGUUUGUGACUGUCUAAUGUCCUCAGACUGGGGUUGUGAAAUAUCUGCCAUUGGGAAAUGCUGUUUCUUAUCCUUUUCUCUGUGGAUGUGAGGAAAGAAGAAAUAGUCUGGACUCACUUGAGAGAUCCUUGCUGAAAAGAAUGCUGCUGCUGCUGCUGCUGCUGCUGAUGAUGAUGAUGGAAUUGCUGUGACCUCAGGACUGGCUCCGCAGGUGGACUGGCUGGCACCUGGCCUCAAUCCUGGACUGAGGGGUCAUUUGUUUCUCCUACCCCUGUGGCCUUUUCACAUUUACCCACUGGGCCCUGGCCCCUUAGCCUUCCUGUGGGGGAUAUUACUGAGGUGUGGUUCCUGUCCCUAAAGGUCCCAGGGAUGGUCUGGUCCCUAGGGGAUCCUUCCCACAAUGGCCACAGGUAGGCUUGCUAGUGGCUGUGGGUGGCUGGAGCUGCUGGCUUCCCUGUGGCCUAGUUGCUCAGCAGCUUGGCUGUGGCUUUCUGGAGGCAGCCUGGUUCCUCCUGCAGGCAGGGGCGAGUUGUGUUCUCCAUGGUUCCCAGGUCCUGGGACAUUCACUCCUACCUCCCUCACCUCCAAGAACAGCCUAGCUCAGGAUUAGGCAGCAUAUGGCCCUCUAGUUCUUGGGGGCUGCGUUCCAGGAGCCUUGACUCCUGUGGUUGGGCUGUUACCCACAGUAUUGAUGCUGGCUCCUUUCCCUCUGGGAAUGUGGUUCAAGGAUGAGAGCAGGGCCAGUGCCAUGGCCUUUUAGGUAUUCAUGAAGAAAGAGAACUCAAGGAAGCAGCUAAGGCAGCUCGGGGUAUCCCUGCUAAAUCCACCACCACGUUGCCACCCAGCCCUAGGGUUUUUCUAGCACCCGUGUGGGCUGGUGCAGAGCUGAGAGAAGGUAGGACUCUUUCCCACUUUGCCCAGCACCUACUCCCACCAGGCAGCUCAGUGGUGUUUAGUCUGCAGAGACUAACCCAGAAGCUUGAGUCGCCCCUGAGAGAGCCAGGUGCCUUGGGGCUCCCCUGGUAAUUUCCUUCCUUUCCAGAGGUGCUGCAUAGAUCUCCCUAUAAUAGCAGGGAUGGAGAAUCUGGAUCUGCCUUGGUGGCAGUGAUCUCCAAGUGGUCAAUGGCUCUAGGCCAAGACUUGAAUCUAACCUCUAGGAUGGGACCCCAGAGCCACAGUCAGGCUGGACUGUGCUGCUCUCCCACAAGAUUUCUGUGGAGCUGGAUUUUUUUGUAUUGUGAACAUACCCAGCAUCUCUCCUUUAUUCCUGAGUGGUGUGCUCCGUACUGGGGCUCUGAGCAGGCUGUACCUUGAUUCUGGCAAUAAAAAUACUCUGGAUGCUGUAAA